AUGGGCAGGGUCUAUGGGAGUUUUAAUUUAGGCAAAGCGGUUCCCUUCGUGGAGCUGGUGGUCGCACACGGAUCCAUACUUACCAUACUUGCCAUCUCUUUUGAAAGAUAUUACGCGAUUUGUAAGCCAUUGAAAGCGGGCUAUAAGUGUACGAUUCGUAGAGCAAUGGUCAUUAUUGGUAUUGUAUGGAGUGUGGCAUUUGUGGCCACAAUACCGGUGCUGUUUGGGACGGAGCUAUCGCAGGCGCGGUAUAUCGACGGCAGUCUAGUGUCGGUGUGUCUGACCAAAGCCAACACCAAUUGGCAGAAGAUAUACUAUUUCGGGUCAAUGACCGCAUUCUUUUGGGCGCCGUUAUGU